AUGGGGAUGUCAUCGGACGAGCUUUUCGAGUGUUAUCCGUGGGGUCCGGGGUACCGCUUGGCCGCCGAUGCGAACGUGUACGAGUUCAGUUUCACGCUCGAGCCGAUCGAGAUUUUGGGGGACCUCCUCUCGUCCCUGGGCCUUGACGAGAACGAGGGUUUCAACCUACGCAGUUUUGGAUGCAUCGAUUCUUACUCUGGGGAGCCGGCGACGCACCAGUCGGCCUUUGUUUUGACCGAGUACGAGUCCAGUUUCACGCUCGAUUCGCUCGAGUUCUUAGACACGAACCUCUCCCCGUCCAUGGGCUCGGCCGGGUACGAGGAUUUCGACACGAAUGACUCUUGGGACCCGCUCUAUGGAGGGGGCGGCAAAGGCGGCAGCAGGACCUCGCAGCGGGUCCGGGCCGAGUCCCAGAUUCAGGACCAGCUCAUCGCCCUCGCGACGGCCGUCGCUGAGCUGCAGCGUGCUCAGAUGGGCACCCGCACCACGCCGAAGGCUGGCCGUGCCGAGGCGCGGCCUUCAAAGCCCACCACCACGCGCCCUAGGCGUCAGAGGCGGCAGAGGGAGGACAUCCCGAUCGUCGCCAAGCUGCGCUCCCUGCUGUCCGUCGUGGACGGCGGCAUGAACGUCACGCAGACCCAGGUCAUCUCCAAGCUUCGGGAGGUCAUCUCGACCUUCACUCCGGGAGCAUCGCCCUCGGCGCGGGACGCGCCCGAGGCUCCCCAAGAGAAAGAGCCGCCCCAGGUCAGGGCGCGUCUCUUUCAGGACCCCUGGGGACAGGCCAAGAUCGUCACUUCCAGCGCGGUCCGGGCCUCCCUGGAGCAGUCCACCGAGCCCAUGGUGAUCCUGGCGGCCACCCGCGCGGAGUACGAGCAGUGCGAGCGCGCGAGGAAGGCCCUCGGGAACCGCCAGAACAUCACCUACGUCGUCUUGGACAGCAACGGCCCCGACUCGGUCCUCCUCGAGGGCCAGCGCGGCCCCCGCUCCGCCAAGGCCAACAUCACCUACCUCAGCGAGUCCGCGCCGAAGUGUGCUGGGCUCCACGCGGCUAUGAAGGACGACGAGCCCGUCCCAGCCACCAAGCUGAAGCUGGUCAAUUUUCGGAUCACGAUCUCCGCGGAGUUCGCCGACGAGACCCUCUUCCACGUCGCCUCUGCGGAGCCGCAGACCACCCCCGCCCUUGUCCUCGGGGACGUCCUCGCGGAGCGCGUGCUGCGUACCCGAGGUGCCAUCGCCUACGACGCGGAGGUCACAUGCAUCGUCUCGACGACCGAGGCCAACGCUGCCGAUUUCCGGACAGCAGUCCCACCGAGAGGUGCCUUCAUCAUGCAGCAGGACGCCCCCAUCGCCCCGCGAUGGCUCUCCCGGAGGGCCGACGAGGAGGACGAGGAAGGCACCCGCAAGUACUACGACCGGGUCUACCAGCUUGCCCAGCAGCGGCAGGGCCACAUGUUGUACCGCCCUCACGGAAAAGCCCAACUGGGAGUCGCUGGCGCCGCUGGGGUACAUCCUGGAGAGGCUGAUGCCAUCAAAUGGCAUGUGCGGAAUGCACCCGCACACAUGGUCACUGCCCAAGAAUUCACCACCUGGGCCACGGAGCGCGGCUUCCAGAACGUCGCCAACGCAGCCAGAGCAGGCGCCCGUGCGUGGACCUUCUUCGGGGACACGCCGGCGGGCGUCGUAGCCACAGUCCACACCUUCAAGUCCGGAGCCGUCGUGUCUCGGGCUUUCUCGAAGAACGGCGCCCCCGCCAAGGCCGCCCGCCAGGCGACCAGCAAGGAGGCCCGCCAACGCUGGGGAGCUCCCAAGGCUUCGCCCCAGUACGACGCCGCUGUCGCCCCCCCGCCUGCCGAGGAGAGGGCCGCCGCCCCCGCGGACGCCCCCUCGGGCGCCGCUGCCGCCGCCGCCGCCGCCGACGGCGACCCUGCGGGCGGAGCUCGCAAAGCUGGAGCCGCCCCGCACGAGGCGGCGCCCCCGAACAAGCACGCCAAGGGCGAGAACGGCAAGCCAGUCCCGGCUGGCCCGUCCGCCCCGCCUUUCACGAAGUUGUUCAACGUCCGAGCCUGUGGCGGCGGUGGGGACUGCAUGUACAUCGCCGUCGCAAAGGGCCUGGCCGCCAUCACGCCGUCCAAGAGCAUCCCGACCGCCGACGACUUCGAGCCCGGCGGCCGGCUCCAGGGCAAUCUCCGCCUCGCUGCGCAGGAGGAGGCCCUCAAGAAGACGUUCAAGGCGACCACGGCGGACGCCGACAAGAUCGGCACUACAGGAACGCCUGCCUCCUCCCUGGCCGUCCGGCUGCUCGCAAAGCGGCUGAACGUCGACAUCUACGUGUGGUCCCGUGCACCGGGCGCGGAGCAGUGGGUGCUCUACGGCCGGGAGCGCGGAGGGAAGCUACGGAAGAAAGAGCUGUGGUUGAAGUUGGAGGACCACCACUACGAGUGGCUCCAGCCGAAGCCGGACCAGCAGGAGACGACCGAGUACCGCCAGACCCUCGACUGCUGGCGCGAGAAGGCCCUGGGUUACCCGACCAGCGGCCUGCAGGGAAAGGGCCGCUCGCUCGAUCCCGACGCCGCGUCCAUCCUGGGCAUUCCGGCCCCAUCCAGCAGGGCCGCCUCAAGCCGCCCGCCGGCGCCGCGUCUCGACCCCGAGGCCAUGUCCAUCCUGGGCAUUCCCGCCCCUCCAAGCACGGCAGCCGCCAGCCGUGCCCCUGCGCGCCGCCCCGCGGCUGCCUCCUCCAGGGGAGCCCGAAGCAUCCUCGGCAUCCCCGCCGACGACCCAGACGAUGAGACGCCAGUUGCCUACGCCAAAGGCGACUAUCUCAAGUGCCCCUGCGGCCAGUGGGCGCCACCCGCCCCCCCUGCCCACCUCUCGGGGAGCCAAGCCUCAGCCUGGCAGUACAACAAGGCCACCGUCCACUGGCGGGAGUGCCAGGGUGCCGCCCCCCCCAGGCUGAAAGACCAGCCCGGCAGCGUCAGCCGCCGCGCCAUUCAAGCAAGCUUCUGGGCCCGGCCUGCCUUUCGCGAGGCCCGCCGCGCGAAGCUUUUUGCAGCACACUUGAAAUGGAAGGCGGCCUUGCCGGCGAGCGUCCAGCCGGGUGUGUGCAGCCCCGAUGAGCGUACGGUGUCCUCCAAGGUCCUCAAGGGCGGGGGCAUCCAGCACCACUACACGUGUUCUACAUGCAGCAAAAGUACCCACCUGACUCAGUUCAGGUACUACCCAUGCAGGGCCCGGCCUGCCACCAUGACGCGCCUCUCCAUGCUCACGGCGAUGCGCGGGGAGGAGGCCGCCAACAGGGCCCACCAGGCGGAGAGUGCAAGCCGCAAGCGGUUUGCCAAGACCUACGCUACCAGGCGGAAGGAGCUCUACAAGAUUCGCUACGCCGACCCCGAGCAGCGGAAGACGAAGCGGCUGAAGGACAAGAUCCGCUUCGCGAGGUACCGCGCCGACCAGAAGCGCCUGAGCCAGGAGCGCCGCACGGCGAAGAUCGCCAAGAAGCGGCCCGCCGCGGAAGUCGUCAAUUUCACAUCUACCGUGGCUCGUGGUACUCCGCCGGUGCCGUGGUGCAUCGCUGGCGACCUGAACUGGCGCCCCUCUUACGUCAACGCGCUGCCGACGCACGCCGUCCUGUGUGCCGCAACUACGCCUACGACCCUAGCAGGGACCUCUCCUACGCGAGCCGUGGGGGCCGGCAUCGAGCUGAGGCUUGAGAGCGUCGCCUUCCUCCCGCUCAUUCCUCAUCACGGGCUGGUGAUCUUCUCUGCGCAGGUCGCCGCCCCGUCGGCGCAAGCUACGCGAAUGCGCCGCACUACACGGUUCACGCUCGACCCGGGCACCCUCCUGCUGGCGAGCGACACCGAGGAGCUGCAGAGCCACAUGGAUGCCACCCUGCCGGCCUGCCCAGCCGCCGCCCCUCUCCCGGAGAGGGUGGCCACGACUCCGGCGGUGCGGCCCGCCGAGCCGAUGGAGCUGGUACGCCUGAAACGCCUUGGUCGCCGCGUUGCCCACCAGCUCCGCGACCAUGCAGACGAGCUCAUCGCUGGCCCUCUUCUGCGCCAGUACGUGGACUCGGCCCUCCGGGGCCGGUUGACAGCUGGCCCGAAAGGCCGGCCGACGCACGCAGAGGCACACGGCAAGAUCUCGAAGGCCAUCUCCGCGAUCCAGCGGGACCUGCUCAGAGAUCGCCGCUCCGAGUGGCGCCGCCUCUUCCAGCACUUCACGACGGACACGUGGAGGGCAGCCACUGCAGAGGUUCAUGGGCCCUCCGAGUGUCCCAGUUUCAAUGCCGAGGACAUGACGGAGGAGUGGAAGCGAGUGUGGGUCCCGUCAGACCCCAACUACGACGAGCAGAGGUGCGCGGCCAGGUGGGAGCAGUACGCCGCGGAGGCGCACGAGCCCUUGCCGAAGACCGCCAACGCCUACGACGAGGAGUGGUGCCCCUCUUACGCCGACUUCCGGGUCGCCGUGCGCAAGGCCAAAGGCAGCGCAGGCUAUGACGGUUGGCACUCCAGCGAGCUCAAGCUGAUCUCCGAGCAUUUCGAGUUCUUGCUUUUCGAACUCUACACGCUAUGGCGGGACACCUGCGAGACCCUCCUGGUCGAGAGGCCCACCACCGAGCUCCAGCACCUCCUCUUCGCCUGGCGGGUUGUUGGGGUGCCAAAGAAAGACCCGACGCAGUCCCGGCCUAUAGGGGUGGGCUCCGUGCUCCUCAGGGCCUGGCUCACAGCUUGCGAGCCCAGCCUGCCCACGCCACAGGACGCUCAGUUCGCCUGCAAAGCGGGCUCCACGGUGGUCCACGCCUGCUGCUUGUGGCUGCACGCCUGCCAGCACGGCUCGUGCGGACUGGAGCGUGACCUGUCCAAGUGCUACGACAACGUGCCGCAUGCGGUGGCAGACGCGGCGCUCCGCAACGCCCAGACGCCACGCCGAGUGCGGGCGGUGACUAACGCUGCCUGGCGGGGCCCUCGGAGGUGCCAGGUGGCGGGAGAGCUGGCCGGUGAGACACUCUGGCCUACGCGCAGCCUCGCUCAAGGGGACAGCACGGCGCCGAAGGUCUUGUGCCACGUACUUUCCCCCUGGGAGAUCAACGGCACCAAGUUCCUUUUCAUGGACGACAGGUCCGCCGUCUUCGACUCCGUCCCGCAGAUGGAGUCGGACGUGCAGGCCACCAACGCCUUCGACUCAGGCACGGGCGCUAUCGAGAACGUCGGGAAGCGCCAGGUCUGGAAGCGAGGGGACAGGACGCAGAUCGAGCACAUCGGCAUCCUCGCUGUCCCUGAUGCUCCGGAUGAGCCGAUUACGCCUGCCGGGGGCUGGACCAAGCUCCGCAAGUGCUUGCACGCCAUCCGAGGCCUCCCGGGAGGCAGCGAAGCCAGGGCCACGGCGGUCCGGGCCUACGCUAAACCGUUGUGGACUUGGUGUUCCCCGGUUUUCUCCCUGCCACCACCCGACGUCGUCCCAGCAGCGAUGUCAGCGGUGCUUUCGACGAGGUGCACUUGGUGGUGCCGAGGUCGUUUCUGGGCCUCGAAUAUCGACCUGCACCCCAUCUUCAGCGCGGUGCUCACGGCCAUCGAUCGCAUCACCACCUGGGACCUCCGCUGGAGUACAUUCCUCGAGGUGAAUUUCACGUCGUUCUUCGAUGCCAUAGGUUUCGAGUUCCUGCAGUACGACCCAGAGCGCGGAGUGCAGUUCCGACGCUCGGUGGACGAGCCUGAUGUCCGAGUUCGCCGAUUGUGCGGGCGCAGACACAUCUUCUGGAGCGACGAAGAGAUGGUGCCGCACCUCCUUCGCCAAGUAUGCCGGGCGAGAGCUCUUGCCCACGCAUCCGCGUCUCGCCACGACUCGGAGGGGGUCGACCAAAUCGACCUUGAAGCCUCCUCGGCACGAGCGUGGUCCACUUUCCGGGACUCGCUGACCCUGGAGGACAGGAUCCACUUGAAGAUCUUUCGCUGCGGAGCGACACACAGCCCGACGAGAAGAUGGAGCACCACCAGGCCCGAUCUCACGGCGGCCUGCCCGUCCUGCGGGGGUCCCCAUCGACCGAGUGCGCGCCACUACGUGGCCGAGUGCGCCGCCCUGGCGGGUUUCCGGCAGGAGCUGAACGACGCGUACCACAUCCCACCUGGCUGGUGGGCACGCCAGCCGCGGGCGACGCUGAAGACGGGAUGGAUCACUUUCCCGGCUCACGCGUCCGCGGCCCGCAGAGCGGAGCUCCAGGUGGCCGUCUGCCGCAUGGGGCUCGUUGCCAUGGCGCAGAUGGCAGAGGAUUGCGAGGUGUUGAAGAGAGCCUAGGGCAUCCGAGCGACUUCGUCCCGAUGUUCGACUUUUACGGCCUGUUUUUCGACCUCCUCCUCCUCUCCAUGUUCACGUUUCCCCC